CCUUCCUUCCUUCCCCUCCCAUUAACUGUCUCCUCGUGAAGCGAGCUGCGAUUCCAAAACGGCCAAAUGGCCACAGCGCAGAUCCACACGGACAAACAAAACCGCCGCACAAGUUUUCAAAUCCUGGAGCGGAUCUCCGCGCAGAGAGACGAACCCCACGCUCACCAAGAUCUCGCCCUCGACGUCCUGUCGAGCAGGGGAGCUAGCGAGGUGUAGCUAGGUAUAGGUGGCCAUGGGGAACAGCAUAUACCGGUUCCUGUGCGGCCUGUGCGCGCCCUCGUCGCAGGAGCACGGGCUCCGCGGUGCGCACACCGCCGUCGCCGCGCUCGGCCGCGACGUCCUCAACUUCGAGGCCACCUCGCAGGUUCCGGAUGGGCUGAGCCGGCACGUCGUCUCCUCCAAGAAAGCGCAGGCGAACUGGUACAAGAAGCUGCUGGUGGCAUGGAAGAAAGCCCGGCCGCCUCCGAAGACGCCGGAGGAAGCUGCGUGCUUCGUUGUGCAAACGCUCAAGAAUCAUCAGAAAGCAGAUGUCGAGGGCUUCUUGGUCUUCUACGGCCUCCCACAUCCAAACGCGGCACCAAGCGCUCCCGCUGCUCCCCCGCCGCCCAAACCCCAAGGCGCCAAGUUCGAACUGCAAACGCUUCCCGUGGACCCCAAGGCGGUAUCCGACGGCGACACUAUUAACGUGUACGUUGACACGGCCGAUCCUCGGGGGUCCGGCAGCGUGCCCCGUGAGGUGCAGAAGGCCGCGGCGGAGCGGGCCAAGGCGCGGACCGCCAAGGACUACCAGAAGGCUGACGCGCUGCAGAAGAUCAUAGUAGAUGCAGGAUACAGGCCAGUUCCUAACGCGAGAGGCGAAGAGGUUCUCGGGAAGAAGUACAGGAUCAGGCUAAGGGGGAUUGAUGCGCCGGAGAGCGCGAUGCCGUACGGCAAGGAGGCUAAAGAGGCGCUGUUGAAGCUUGUUCAGGGAAAGAGCUUGAAGGUCUUCGUGUACGACGAAGACCGGUAUGGCAGAUGCGUCGGAGACAUCUACUGCGACGGCGUAUUUAUACAGGAGCAAAUGCUGAAGAAGGGGUUUGCAUGGCACUACACCGCCUAUGAUCAACGCCCGGAGCUGGCCAAGUGGGAGAAACAGGCACAAACUGGCCGGAAGGGUUUGUGGGCGUCGUCGAAGCCGCAGAAACCAUGGGAGUGGAGGAAGGAGAAGCGCAAUGGGGCAGCAUGAACAGAACUCGGGGUUCAGUAUGUGCUGUGUGUUGUUUUAGCCACGAGCAGCUGACUAAUUUAUUUCGCCUGCAGACUUUUAACCCAGAGCAGAACUUGAACUGAACACCAUCGUAGAUUGUGCAGUGUGCAUGUACAGGACUGUGAAACAGGAUGCAAUUGAUUAGUGUGGUUCCUAAUUGCAUAUGGGCAUACGGAGAUUUGUUGUACAAUUGUAAUAGCGUUAUUGCACCGUUGCUAAUGCUGUAAAGUAGAGAAAAUGAAGCCUGUAAAAUGUGUUGUAUUGAAAGUCGUGUUGUUGAUGGAUGUUAAAUACUUGAAUACCAAUAGACUGAAUGGAUCCCUAUGUCCUGAAAUGAUAUACCUUGACCAGUA